AUGCGCUUACCAUCUGCAAAGUGUAAAGUACCGCUGCUAGCUUUUUCCAACCUUCAACACCCAUGGCGCCGAAGUGACGUCAGUUUGUCCAUCAGGGCAGAGUUUGCACUGCAAUGGUGCGAUCCAUACUACUUCAUGGAUCAGAAACGUGGUCGGUACGUGCACAGGACAUACGGAAGAUGUCACUGUUUGGUCACCGAGGUCUCCAAUGCAUUGGUCAGGACAUGUACUCUGCAUGCUAGAAGACCAUUUGCCUCAGAAUUCUUUUUUCUCAUCCCCGCGCUGAAUGGAAGCGACCGAUGUGUGAACAGUGUACGACGUGGUAACGAAAUACGAAAACACCAGCCAGUAAACUUACUCGUGUCGGCAACUGCUGCCUCUCUGGAUGUGGACCCCGGAACUCAACUCACCAAUGUUAAUGUUGGGGCGAGAUGGCGUUGUGUUUGGAGCGCGGAUUCACUGACCGAAAGAUCCGUGGUUCGAACCCGACCUCUGCCUCUUGACUUCCCCUGUCUGGGCUUCAGCAGGCUGGCAGUAUCCAAGCCCUCGUGCCACCUUCUGGUGGCACGACAGUUAGGCACCGAAUGGAUCAAAUGUUUGUAUACUGGACAUGAGAUGCCAUUUGACUACGAUGUGAUAUCCCGUUACCUCUGUGGCGUGAAGUUUCGCCGCGCAUGCGCGAACAAAUUGCUGGAGAAUCACAAGGAUUACAUUGUCGAUUGCAAAGAAUCCGGAACUGAAUUUGCUCCUACCUCGGGGAAGUACAAGAACGCAUCCUAUUUCAAGGAAUCCAACGGGAUCAGUACAGCUGAAUUAGAAUCAGAUAGUGGUUCUCCAAGGGAGCCGGAGCAUACAGAACUGUCCGACGAACCGGGCCUUAAGAUGAGCUCUAUGAUGUUGUACUUGAACACGGUGAAGGCGAAAUUACCCUUCACUGAUCAACUGUACACUUCAUGA